ACUACAUAAAAGUCUAGCAUCCAGCCAUAUAUAUCUAAUACACAAAAUAUUUGAUCUAUUCUUAAACGCACACUUUUACAAAUAUUACAACCACAUUCUGUAAUUAAAUUGUUAGUUGAAGUCAUGACUAAUUAUAAUAUAAAACUAUUUUCAAACUUUUAAACACGUGUGAGUGUUUGUACGUAUGAUAAUACAACAUGAAGAAAAUUGUAUGGUAUAAGCUGUUGAUAAGCCUGCAAAGUUGACUCGAUAUUUUACAUUUGAAUCGGUGUACGUUAUUCUCCUUCUAUUAUUAUCUAUAUUUGGAUGACGGUGGAUUGUCUAUUUUUUCAUCACAAUGUCUGCAAUAUUUAAUUUUCAGAGUCUAGUGUGCGUUAUACUACUUUUAAUAUGUACCUGUACUUACAUCAGAUCUAUCGCUCCAAGUUUUUUAGAUAAUCGUUUAGGAAAAGUUGGGUUCCUUGGCUUGUUUUGGAAAUGUGGACGAAUUGGAGAACGGAAAAGUCCAUACGUGGCAUUAAGUUGUAUUUUCAUGGCAUUUAGUAUUUUAUUUUGGACAUAGACUAGAAAUUUUGUCAACAAACUUUUAUAAAUUUGUACAAAGAUAUUUUGGGAAAAGAUAUGGAAAUGUUCGUAACAUUUAAUAAGGUAUGAAUGAUCUAAUAGAAACAAGGAAUGCAUGAGAAAUAAUAAUAUUUCUUUGAAAACAGAAAUAGAAAAGAAAUUCUUUUUAAGCGAACUGUAAUUUAUAAAGCUACAAUGAUUUCUAA